AUGUUGGACGGCUCUUCCCAGGUGUUUCUGGGAGACUCCCAACCGGGAGUCUCGCAAUCACAUCUCGCAACCGUCUUUGAUCGUCACCGGCAUUCUUUCUGUAGCGAUUCGGAGGGAUGGGGGCCCAUGAGCUCCACGGGCUUCCACCUCACCCCAUGCUUUCUGGACGUCAUUGUCGCUUUAGUCGCGGUAUGGGGAUUCAUUGGUGGUGCUGGUGCGCUAUGGCUUUUGCUGAAGAAGCGCAUUCCAGCACCUGUCUCGAAGAAUUGGCAUUUCUACACCAAGUUGGUCGUGCUCGCUCAUAUCUUAUUCGUCACUGCUCUCCAAGCAGCCAUACAAGCCGAAACACAACCGAAGAAGUUCUGGGUCGACAUCCGUUUUUGGUCCUCGGUCCUCACCUUUUUCUCACUGGGCGUCAUCUAUGCAGUGCAGUACUUUGAGCAUUGGCGGAGUCGUCAACCCAAUGGGGUAGUGCUGUUUUACUGGCUCUUCUUCAUUAUCGCUUAUGCCAUCAAGCUGCAAUCUCUUGUUUCAAGAAAGGAGUACUUAACCAGCCUACCAUACUUUGUCUGCAUCAAUGUCAGUCUAGGAUUGGCGCUUCUGGAAUUCGUGCUCGAGUACCUUGUUCCAAAGAAGCAGAGUGCUUAUGAUGCUCUUGGUGACGAAGACGAAUGCCCUUAUAACUAUGCCGACAUCUUCUCGGUUCUCACGUUUGGUUGGAUGACUCCCUUGAUGAAGUUUGGGUACAGCAACUACCUCACCCAAGAUGACCUGUGGAAUCUUCGCCGUCGCGAUACUACCCGUGCUACCGUUGACGAACUAAAUGGCGCUUGGCAGGUAGAGCUGAAGAAGAAGAACCCUUCUCUCUGGAUUGCACUCUUCAAGGCGUUCGGAGGUCCUUAUAUGCGCGGUGCUAUGAUCAAGUCAGCCAGUGAUAUGCUUGCGUUCGUGCAGCCACAGCUGCUGCGAUACCUAAUCACUUUCAUUGAUUCAUACCGCGGCCCCGAACCUCAGCCGGUUAUCCGUGGUAUUGCCAUUGCAUUGGCCAUGUUCCUUGUCUCGGUCUGCCAGACCAGCUUCCUCCACCAGUAUUUCCAGCGAGCCUUUGACAGCGGUAUGCGAGUGAAGUCAUCUUUGACUGCCCUUAUCUACGGCAAAUCUCUGCGUCUUUCAAGCGAGGGCCGCUCCGCCAAGACCACUGGUGAUAUUGUCAACCAUAUGGCUGUCGAUCAGCAGCGUCUUUCGGACUUGACCCAAUUCGGUACUCAACUUUUAUCUGCACCCUUCCAAAUCACCCUAUGCAUGCUUUCUCUCUACCAGUUGGUUGGACUGAGCAUGUUCGCUGGUGUGGGAGUGAUGAUUCUUAUGAUCCCGCUCAACGGGUUUAUUGCGCGGUUGAUGAAGAAGUUGCAGAUCACGCAAAUGAAGAACAAGGAUUCGAGAACUCGCCUGAUGACUGAGAUCUUGAACAAUAUCAAGAGUAUCAAGCUCUACGCCUGGAAUACGGCGUUUAUGAACAAGCUUAGCCACAUCCGAAACGAUCUGGAACUUAACACCCUUCGCAAGAUCGGUGCCACACAAUCCGUGGCCAACUUCACCUGGCAGUCAACUCCUUUCCUUGUGUCUUGCUCGACAUUUACCGUCUUUGUGCUGACCAGUGAUCGCCCUUUGACCACUGACAUUGUUUUCCCUGCCUUGACUCUCUUCAACUUACUGACUUUCCCACUCUCGAUUUUGCCGAUGGUCAUCACCUCCAUUAUUGAAUCGACCGUUGCAGUUAAAAGAUUGACGGAGUACUUCUUGGCCGACGAACUGCAAACCGAGGCUGUCACCUUCCAAGACCCUGUGGAACAUGCAGGCGAUGAAUCCGUCCGCGUUCGUGACGCUUCCUUCACCUGGAACCGCUAUUCCGGCACUACUGUUCUGGAAAAUAUUGAUUUGAGUGCACGCAAGGGUGAGCUCAGCUGUAUUGUUGGUCGGGUCGGCGCCGGAAAAUCCUCCCUGCUCCAGUCGAUUCUCGGUGAACUGUGGAAGAGCCAGGGUGAAGUCGUUGUGCGAGGUCGCGUCGCCUAUGUUGCACAGGCACCUUGGGUGAUGAAUGCAAGUGUUCGGGAAAAUAUUGUUUUCGGUCACCGAUGGGAUCCUGCUUUCUACGACCUCACCGUGGAAGCCUGCGCUUUGAUUGACGACUUCAAGAUUAUGCCCGAUGGAGAUCAGACUGAAGUUGGAGAGCGUGGAAUUUCCCUUUCUGGAGGACAAAAGGCCCGAUUGACACUUGCCCGAGCAGUCUAUGCCCGUGCAGAUAUCUACCUCUUGGACGAUGUUCUUUCCGCAGUUGACCAGCAUGUUGGCCGCCAUAUUAUCAACAAGGUUCUUGGUCCUUCUGGAGUUUUGAGUGGCAAAACCAGAAUUCUUGCGACCAAUGCUAUCACAGUACUUAAGGAGGCAGACUACAUUGGCCUGCUUCGCGACAAGACCAUCAUUGAAUCGGGUACCUACCAGCAACUCAUGGCCAUGAAGGGUGAAAUCGCCAAUCUUGUGAACACCAAUCUGGUGGAAUCUGAAGAAGAACGCACUCCUAUUGGCUCCGACGACGAAAUUGCGAGUCGCGAAGGCUCCGAGGAGACCGCGAUACUCGACAAUGAGGAUGAUUCGGACAGCGAAGAUUUAGAGGAGCCCGGCUCCCUUGUCCCUAUCAAACGUUCGAGCGAACCUGGGCGCAAGAAGAGCUUUGCUACUCUGCGUCGUGCCAGCACUGCCACCUGGCAAGGUCCCAGACGCAAACUUGGUGACGAGGAGAAUGUCCUCAAGACCAAGCAAACCCAGGAAACUUCUCAGCAGGGCAAGGUCAAGUGGGGCGUGUAUGGCGAGUACGCCAAAAACAGCAAUCUUGCUGCGGUCGCAGUCUACUUGAUCGCCAUGCUGGCUGCUCAAACAUCCCAGGUUCUUGGAAACUACUGGCUUAAACACUGGACUGAAAUGAAUGAAAAGCAAGGUGGCAAUGAGAGCACAGGCAUGUUCAUUGGUGUCUACCUGUCCUUUGGUCUGGGUGCCUCUCUUCUUGUCAUUGUGCAGAACUUGAUCUUGUGGAUUUUCUGCUCUAUUGAGGCUUCUCGCAAGCUGCACGAGCGGAUGGCGUUUGCUAUCUUCCGUUCACCGAUGCAAUUCUUUGAAACCACCCCAUCUGGUCGGAUUCUCAACAGAUUCUCUAGCGAUAUCUACCGAGUCGAUGAGGUGCUUGCCCGUACCUUCAACAUGCUUUUCGCUAACACUGCUCGCGCAAUGUUUACGAUGGUCGUCAUUGCAAGCUCAACGCCUGCCUUCCUGCUGCUGGUCAUUCCCUUAGGUUAUAUCUACCUCAGCUACCAGAAGUACUAUCUGAGAACUUCUCGUGAGUUGAAGCGUCUGGACAGCGUCACUCGUAGCCCAAUCUUCGCUCAUUUCCAGGAGUCUCUGGGUGGUAUCUCGACCAUCCGUGCCUAUCGACAGGAGAACCGCUUUGCACUGGAAAACGAAUGGAGAAUGGACGCCAAUUUGCGGGCUUACUUCCCAUCCAUUAGCGCCAACCGCUGGCUCGCUGUUCGUCUCGAGUUCAUCGGUUCAAUCAUCAUUCUGUCUUCUGCUGGACUCGCGAUCCUUUCAGUUUCCACUGGCAGCGGUAUCUCGGCAGGUAUGGUCGGUUUGGCCAUGUCAUACGCUCUUCAGAUCACCCAGUCCUUGAACUGGAUUGUUCGCCAGACCGUUGAAGUUGAAACCAACAUCGUCUCUGUCGAGCGUGUUCUUGAGUAUGCUAAUCUGCCUAGCGAGGCACCAGAGGUCAUCUUCAAGAGCCGACCUGCCAUUGGAUGGCCUGCUCAAGGUGCCGUGUCAUUCAAUAACUACAGCACCCGUUACCGCGAGGGCCUGGACUUGGUUCUCAAGGGUAUCAAUCUCGAUAUCAAGCCACGCGAGAAGAUUGGUGUUGUUGGUCGCACUGGUGCCGGAAAGAGUUCGCUCACAUUGGCGCUAUUCCGACUCAUUGAGCCUACCAGUGGUAGUAUCAGUAUCGAUGGUCUUGAUGUGUCCACGAUUGGCUUGUUUGACCUCCGUGGUCGUCUGGCUAUCAUUCCUCAGGAUCCUGCGAUGUUUGAAGGAACCCUGCGUGACAACUUGGAUCCUCGACACGUUCACGACGAUACUGCACUGUGGAGUGUAAUUGAACACGCUCGCUUGAAGGACCACGUCUCUGGAAUGGAAGGCCAGCUUGACGCUGUUAUCCAGGAAGGAGGAUCCAACCUUAGUCAAGGUCAGCGCCAGCUGGUAUCACUCGCUCGGGCUCUUUUGACACCUAGCAACAUUCUUGUCCUGGACGAAGCUACUGCCGCGGUUGAUGUGGAGACUGACGCUCUGCUCCAGCGUACCCUGCGCAGUGACAUCUUCUCAGACCGUACUAUUAUUACCAUUGCGCACCGAAUCAACACCAUCAUCGAUUCUGAUCGAAUCGUCGUUCUGGACAAGGGUCAGGUGGCGGAGUUUGAUACCCCAGCAGAGCUGAUCAAGCAAGGCGGCAAAUUCUACGAGCUCGCCAAGGAGGCUGGCCUGCUUGAUAGUGACGGUCUCGCCAACUCGCAAACAGCGUAA